UGAACCUAUGGUGAAACGAUCACUUUAGGUUGUCGGCUCCGAUGAAGUGUCUCGUGCGCGGUUGCACCCGCACGCACCGGGAUGCGGGUGUUUCCUUUCACCGUCUACCUGGCAAGGAUCCAGUGCGAAGUCGCUGGCUGGAAGCCCUUCGACUGCGCGCUAACUCGAAGAUACUACAUCAGCUUGAUCGUGUGUGUUCCGAGCACUUCUCCGCGCAGUCCUUCACGUCGUGGAAGGUUUCGAAGAAUCUGGGGUUCGAGAGAAAGAAGAAACGCCUCGACGAGGGCUCAGUUCCGACCCUUCAACUGAACCUCACACCAGCACCAGCGUGCAAAAGGCGCAGACUGGAUGAUUCAGAGACGCCAUCUGAGUGUGGGAAGCACAAUGAAGCAGACAACCUCUGCGAAGACUCUAUUGUGGUGUCAAAAGAGGACAUGGCAGCCAGUAUAAUCGAGGUUGUGCCUGCUGAACAGAAAGCACCUGAAACUCAAGACUGUUCUGAACUUCAGCUCGCAACUGAAGAUCAUGGGUAUUCCAUCAGAAGUGCCACGUCUGCCGACCACACCUACAGCAUUGAAGUUCAGUACGAAAACAAAGGCACACAGGUGAACUUGUCCGCCAAGCAGUCGAAGGAGACGCAGACAGACCCAUGGGAGUUUCCAGCUGUUCUUCCAUGUACAAGUGCCGCUCCAGCCAUCAUGAGGGAUCCUGCUCCAGUUGCUAUGAAGCAAGUGCCUGUGCCAGCAGCAGUUGAAAUGCCAGCAUGCGAGGACUUCGCCACAGAGCAGGUGGCCCCAUCGUACCAGCCGACAAGCCAGCCAUUUCUGGAGGCCGACCUCUCUUUCGAAAGACCAGGCAUGUGCUCAAGCCCUAUUCCAGAAGAGCCUGCAGACACUACGUACGAGGCUUCUUGGGACGAGAGCUUCUUGAGCAACUCAACCUCAACGGCCCCCCUGCACGAGGAGCCCAAGUACAUUGUGUUUGAGAGCUGUUUAUUGCAGUUGCUCCGCGUAUGCAUAAUCUGCCAAGCGCCAUGUAAAGUUACUAUUGUACCAGACGGCACACUAGUGAGGGCCACGGCUGUGUGCCAAAGCGAGCACAGCAGGACUUGGCUCAGCCAGCCUCUCAUCAACAACGUGCCAGCCUGCAACCUGCUCCUCUCCGGUGCCAUGCUGUUCACCGGCUCCUGCUCUGCAAAGGUGCUCAGGCUGCUAAGGCUCAUCAAUAUUCAAGCCUUCUCGGAAAGCACGUACUUCAAUCACCAGGCAGCAUUCCUGCAGCCUGCAAUUGAACGAGUGUGGAUCCGAGAGCAGCAGAGCCUUCUUCAAGCGAGACAGGGGAAGACGGUGCGUUUGGCUGGGGACGGGAGGUACGACUCUCCAGGGUACUCGGCCAAAUUCAUGACGUACACCUUCAUGGAGAUGGAGACAAACAAGAUCCUCCACUAUGUCCAAGUGCAGCUUGGAGAGUCCCCCGAGGUGAAGUCCAGCAACGCAAUGGAGCUGCAUGGCUGUGCCAAGGGGCUCACUUUUUUCAAGGAGGAGGAUGUCACGGUCGAGGCCCUCGUCACUGACCGUCACCUAGGGAUCAAGGGCCACAUGAGGAGCAAAGAACCCCAGACACGCCAUUACUUCGAUGCUUGGCACAUUGCAAAAGGCAUAAGCAAAAAGAUGCUGAAGGCCAGCAAGUACGCCCGGUGUGAAGUGUUGGCAUACUGGGCACAGCCUGCCUCCAACCAUCUGUACUGGUGUGCUGCCAACUGUGAAGAGGAUGGAAAACUCCUCGUCGAGAUGUGGAAGAGCAUAAACAACCAUGCUCUCGACAAGCACACUGGCCAUGGAGGGGUGUACGACCGCUGUGUUCACGACACCCUCGUUGGGGACAGAGAGUGGCUCUCUCUAGGUACACCAGCUCACAAGCGCUUUGUCAGCAUUACCAUGCAAAAAGUGCUUCUGAGGGACUUGGAGCACGUGUCACCUGCAGGCCACACGUACAACCUCGAGUCCUACCAUAGUAUGCUCAUCAGGUUUGCACCCAAGUCUGUGGCGUUCACAGGCCCCAUCAUGCAUGCAAGAACCAGAUUGGCUGCUCUGCACCACAACGAAAACUCCGGAAGGGUCCAAGCGGUGACGCGCAAAGGGCAGCCGAAAUUCAAGCGAAGGAUGCAGAGAGGGAAGAUGGGGACCGAUCGUCUCAAGGAAGUGAAAACCCCUCCAACCUACGCGUACGUGGGCCAGCUGCUGUCUGAGGCUGCUGCCUGCUGCAGCGAGUCUUCCCUCAGGGAAGCCUUGGGCAACAGACCCCGGGAUCGGGCCCCCCUCCCCAUGGCAGCUCACUACCCGAGGCUCCCAAAGGAGCAGCUGGUGGAACAGAGGAUGUCACGUUACAGCAGAGGGACAGCAGGGUCUUCAUGAGGACGCAUCCUCAGAUGAGCUGAAGGCCGUCAAGAAGGCUGGCAAGGCACAGAAGAAUGUGUGCACCACUGACAAGCAGCAGCACAGGAGGAAGUAGUCACGGCAUCUACACCUAAAAGGUGCUUGAGCUGUUCCACCCAGACACCGACGCGUCAAGCGGGGCCAUGUGGACCAUGAAGAGCUUCAUGAACGACGCCUUCGAGCAUAUUGAGGCUGAGGUCUCCUGCCGUGGCCCACUACAAGCGCUCGACCAUCGCGAGCCGCGAGAACCAGAUGGCUGUGCAGCCGCUGGUGCCGGGUGAGCUGGCUAGGCACACCGUGGUCGAGGGCACCAAGGCCGUCACCAGGUACACCAGAUCCAAGAGGUCCAUCACCGUCACGCAGAGAGAAAAAACAACGGUCCUUUUCAGGACCACUUCUCACUCGAAAAUCGGACGUCUUGCGACGGCUUCAGACGCCCGUGUCUCUUUUUUCAAUGCAGUAUUUGGAAAGGAACAAAAGUUGUACCACAGCAAGUUUUCUGGCAGCAGAGCAGUCAAGUCUAAAGGUUGCCACGAAUGUCUUCAUGCCGACAAGAUUGGUGGAGAAACCGGAACUGAGAAGUGAAUAAAUGUAUGGAUGAACCAAAGAAGUUUCCAAUGAGUAGCCUGUAUGUCAUGUUCCUGGCUAUGUUCUUUACAGGGCAUAAAAAAAAGAAGCCAAGAGUUACCUGUUGCAACCAUUUUGGGUGGCUCGAUG